CAUUAAAUAUGUGUUCAGCUUAAGUUACAUUUCUUAAAAUUGACAUCUACAGUUAACAGAACUUAAAUAAACUACUAUUUUCAAAAACUCGCUUGGCUUUAUUUUAAAAGCUGAACAACAAUUAUCUUCAUCAGUGUGUAGUAAUUAUAAUGAAAUGUUGCUCAAACCAUCUGAUAUAUAUUAUUCACAGGAUAGUAUUCGCAGCACAUUUGGGGACAGUACAAUUCACAGCAGGAAGAGAAUUGGUGAAACAUUGGACGACAUAAUUAAUGGAAAAUGCCAAGUCUCCCAAAUACCAGUCAUUAAAGUAACACACACGCGUGGCAAAUGGUACACUUCAAACAACCGUCGGCUCUGGGUGUUUAAACAGCUUCAACGGCUUGGGAAAUGCGAACAAAUACCAGCACGACGUUGUAGACGUUUACCUCGCAACAAGUUUACAACAAAAAAUGAAGGAGUGGAUAUACAAGUACGUGGUCUGGGGCCUGGUGGAGAAUGGUAUAUGCGCUUAUAUCCCUCCAGCGAUCUUCAAACGAGAACGCUUGAGGAUACUUUAUGUACAACAAAGUCAAGUGAUAAGCAGUUACGUGCACCAAAUUGUAAUGUUAGCGAGCCAAGCGAAAAUCAUACAGGCAUUGAACUUGCGAGACCUUAUCAGAUUGGCAACGAAUUUAAAACUGAUAAUUCAUUGUAUGAAAAAGAAAACUUUAAAUCAAACGUAACUGAAAGUCAAAGGUCAGACGUGAAAUUUAAAUAUGCGGAUUUUUUAAACACAGAAAGCCAACAGGCGAUCGGGGGUUUAGAUCGAGCGCAUGAUACUCGUUCACCUAGCGUUUUAGCCAUGCAGAAUACCAAUCUUGAAAUCAAUGAGACAAAAGGACAUAGAAGCUGUAUAAUGCAAGCUGGCAUAGUAAGGGAAGCAAAACAGAGCAUAACAUUUAACUAUGAAAGAAAGCAAACCGACUUUGCCUUUGAGAAAGAAAUAUCAUCUAGGUCCUCGCAUGAAUUAAAAUCAUCAAAAACCGCGACAUUCCAUAAUACCAAAACUGAUAUCGAUAAUGAUGAGCCUGACAGAAAAUACCUUGCGAAGAAAACACAAGGUCAAUGUCAUGAUAUACUGGCAGAUAAUGAUUUUGUUCCGCCAGAGAAACCGAUUAUUAACAAUCCGUCAAAGUCUGAAAAUAAUUCGCAUGCUACAUUUGAGUAUUUGAGAGCAACAAAUACGGCUAGCAGUCAGGCAAGGGGGCCAAGAAACACACUCAACAAGCCAAACGUGAAAGCAAAAUAUAUUGCAACGGAACCUACCGAUUUUGCAGUAUAUACGCGCGCAUGUAACGCUAAAACCAUUGUAGUUGAUUCAGAAAAAAGAUCAAGUGCACGACUACUUAAAACAAGCGACUUUAAAGAUGUUUCUACUCAAGGUAAAACGAAUUCAAAUAAUUCGACACAUAUUAAUUUUGAACAUGUAAAUAAGUCAGUAACGAACAAACCGGAACAAGCGGAACAAGUAUAUGAAAGCAAGCCCCGUAUGACGUCAACUCUGGAAGGAAACAUCAGAACGGCAAGACCGUUUCCCGCAAAUGUUGAAGAAACUACUGUAGCAAACACCAACAAACAAAUUGAUGAGAUCCCUCUAAAGGCAUCAACAGAGAAAGUGAGAAAUAGAUCGGGGAAAAAUUUAAAAGCCCCAUAUCCGACCGUUUUGAAAGAUUCAGUGGCUGCUGGUUUUACAACAAAAUCUACAUGUAGCUCACACAUAGACAAAAAACAUUCUACCGACAUACUAGAAUAUCCAGCUAGAGAUGAAGCAGUGUUUCGACGUCCAACAUCUUUAACACAAAACAUUCCAAAGCCAAUAGCCUCCGGCUCAAAUGCAAGAACUGAAUCAGCAGAGUUUCGCGAUUUAAGAGGAGUUGGACAGAUGGCCGUCUCGGAAACGAGACACAUCACCUCAUCGGCAACGCGGGAGGAAAGAAAAGCAAUAAGUGCAUCAAAACAUAAACAUUCAAUACCCGAUAAAGCAGACACUUCUGGCAGUUUGACAAGUGCACAGACAAUUAACAUAUAUCAAGAAAAGGCUCAUAAAUAAACUUCAAUUACAAAUCAGCAUAUUCUAUCAGAUACCAGUGAAAACGCAGGUAAUACACUAAGUAAGGAACGUACACAAAAGAUUGUAAAACAAUCGAAUCAGGUAAACGAUAUUGAAGCUGCUGGACAAGCAAGAUAUAGAGCGUUACCAGUGAAAAUCACUAUUAAAGAAUCAUCGAUUGAAUACACCAAAUACCACCAAAGCAAAGAAAUGGAACCCAAAGGUUGUAAAGAUCAACAUUUGCCAUCGGAUUUGAUUGUACGUAAAUCGAAACCAGAACCGACGAAAUUAUCUAGACCUGAAUGUCAUAGCGAAAACAAAACUGAUGAAUCGGUACCUAGAUCAAAACUAUGCUUUACAGACACGGCCAACAAAUCGCAUAGCAGAGACACACAUAGGGGUGUGAAAUUAAAUAAUUCGGUUGUAUCCGAAAACUUGACAACAAUUAGAGAUUCAUAAAACAUUUGAAUAUGUCGCGAAACUGUCUCUUACAACGAUAAAGAAUCAUGCCGGAGUUAAUGACCAUCAAUUACGAAGCAUUUUAAAAAGUGGGAGAAGAUGUAACGACCCUGCAACAAAAUGUAUACAUAAAGAAACUGAUUUGAUAAUAAUGGAACAAGCAGAUGCAUCUUUAAAAAUGGUAAACAUCUGUGAUGGAAAUUCGCUAACGAACAAACAGUACCGUAUUAAAACAAAACAGGUUCCUGUAGAAUCAGAGGGUAGACUACAAGUGGGGACAGUUGCAAAGCAACGAGCAAGAAUUGAUGAAUGAAUCAAUAGCUGGUAUGUUUGAAACUGUUUACAACCAGUUAGAUGACGACUGUGACAGCGAUUCGGAUAAAGUGCACGUUAACGUUAACAAAGCAGGGGCUAUAAAACACUGCAAGAUCGAAGGUCGAUGAACAUAUGACAUCAUCGAUAAAACAAGAAACUAAGAUAUCUAAAGUGCAUACAAACAUGCUUGUUAGCGGUCCUCUGCACGUUCAAGAUAGCAAUGCCGGAAAAUAAAACAGUGCUUAAAAAUAAUGAUGAAUUCGAUGAAAAUAAGCACUUCUAACACGUGUAUUGUAUAUAUUGAAAUGAUGGGACUGGAAACUUUCUUGAUAUAAAGAUAUGUGAAUUUAAUGGUUUUAAAUGUGUUUUUAUGACAAAUUGAUAUUGUUAUUUUAUUUUCAAUUAAACAAUAAAAGUGUAAAGCACUUUAAAAGAAAAAAAAGAGUUUUGUGUACACUGAGUGUGUGAAACCCUUCUGUAUAGUCUAAAGUAUUUUGUAUUCUUAUUUUUUUUUAUCAAUUAAAAGUGGUUUGAUUGCAAUAUGGACAUUACAACGUGUCUCCAUUAUAUUAAGUUUUUCAGUUUAACAUGAUUAUUGUAAAUGGAAAUUUAUCCAGAUUUUAAUUUGACAUGUGUACUCAAGUUAUUAAUUUGAAUCGGUAUUGUUCAACACAUGACCAUUAUUCCUUUUGUUACUGAAUUGUUAGCGUUAAUUAUGAUUUUGCCUCUCAUAAAUAAACCCCUGAUGGUGACAUAAUCCCUGA